AUGUCGCGCAUCAACACCGAGGGCAUCCGCCAACGACCCCUGCCUGCCUCACACAAUCCCGAAGCAACCGAAGACGCCGAAGUCAAUCUCACCUCCCCAAAAGACUACCUGAGCGAGAAAGAUCACCCUGCAGGCCCAGUCAAGCAUGGCCCUCCUAUGCAAUAUUUUCGCAUCGCCGUCUUUGCCGUCUUCUUCUUCAUUGCUGCCCUAGGCAUCCAUUCCGCCCAGCUCCUAGGAGCUCCCCUCUACUUUUACAACAAAGAUUACUUUUACGCCUGGCAAGCCGUGUGUAAACAAUACUUCGCCCUCGUCCUCAUCACAGGAACCUACCUCUUCGCUCCCACCGUCAUCCGCAUCUCCGGUGAUGCCAGUGUUGCUGGUCAGCUGCGCCAAUUCCCUGACGGCCGUCUCGAAUGCGAUUUCCCCGAGCGCAUGGUCUUGAUCGCCAAUCAUCAGAUCUACACCGACUGGACCUAUCUAUGGUGGGUCAGCUACACAGCUGCCUGUCACGGUCACAUCUACAUCAUCCUGAAAGAGAGCCUGAAAUACAUUCCUAUGAUUGGACCUGGCAUGAUGUUCUACAACUUCAUCUUCAUGAGUAGGAAAUGGGCAAAGGAUCAACCUCGCCUGAAACACCGACUCCAAAAGCUGUCGACCAGACAUACAGGCCCCAUGACCGGACGGAAAGACAAAAGCGGCUUGGAUCCAGCUUGGCUGUUGCUAUUCCCCGAAGGCACGAAUCUAAGUCCAAACACAAGAAACUCGUCAAAGAGAUGGAGCGAAAAGAGCGGCAUCCCAGAUAUGAAACACCAACUACUUCCCAGAAGCACUGGUCUACAUUUCUGUCUCGAAGAAUUGAAGGAUGGAGUAGAUUGGCUCUACGACUGCACAAUCGCCUACGAAGGCGUCCCUCGCGGCAGCUACGGCGGUCAACUAUACACCCUCCGCAGCGUAUACUUCCAAGGCCGCGCUCCAAAAUCAGUAAAUAUGCACUGGCGUCGUUUCCGCAUCGCAGAUAUUCCCUUGCAUUCGAAAGAAGAAACGGAAGAAUGGUUGCUUCAAAGAUGGAGGGAGAAGGAUGAUUUGAUAGAGUAUUAUCUCGAGCAUGGACGGUUCCCUGCUGAUCCUGCUGCUGUGGAUCCUGUGGAUAAACCGGAGGAUGAGAGGAAACAUGCCAAGUAUAUCGAGACGGAGGUUAGACCCAAGUCUGCUUGGGAGCCGUUGCAGUUGUUUGCGCCAUUGCUUUCGGCGUAUUUGUUGUGUAAUAUCCUCAUCAAGCUGAUCAAUCUGGUCUUGACUGGGAGAUUGAGCUCGGAUUAG